GGGAGUAUGUGUAGUUUUACUUUUAUUUUUUAUUUUUUUCACAAGUACGUAAGAAAACUCUCAACUAUAAUCUUUUUCUUAGCAGGGAACAGUAAGAGUUGAAGGACUUACUUUAAAAUUUUCAAGAUUAAGUGAAGAGAAUUUCAGUGCAAAAGCAUUUAUAAAGAUGCAGAGAUUGAGAUUACUUCAACUUGAUCAUGUACAACUCACUGGAGACUAUGAACAUCUUUCCAGAGAGUUAAGGUGGCUCCGUUGGUACGGAUUCCCUCAUAAGUUUAUACCAAACAACUUUUAUUCAAAAAACCUAGUUGCAAUUGACUUGCGAUAUAGCAAACUCACACAAGUUUGGAAAAAUUCCAAGCAACUGUUCGGGAAGUUGAAAUUUCUAAAUCUUAGUCAUUCCCAUUACCUGACUCAGACACCUAACUUUGCAACACUACCUAAUCUUGAGAAAUUAAUACUUAAAGAUUGUACGAGUUUGUUUGAGGUUCAUCAAUCUAUUGGGGAUCUUAAUAAUCUUGUUUUGGUAAAUUUGAAAGAUUGCAAAAGUCUUGAAAGUCUGCCAAGGAGUUUCUAUAGGUUGAAAUCUCUUCAAACCCUCAUUCUUUCUGGCUGUUCUAAAUUUGACAAUUUGGCUGACGAGUUGGGGGAGAUGGGCGAGUCCUUGACAACGUUUCUUGCUGAUAAUACUGCUAUAAGGCAAGUGCCAUGGACCAUAGUACAACUAAAGAACCUCAAAGAGUUGUCGCUAUGUGGGUGUAAGGGAUCACUAUCUAAGUCACUCCCUUCACUCUUUUGGUCUUGCAUAUCCCCAAGGAAAAGUCCUAAGUCACUCAGUCUACCUACUUCACUACAAGGCUUGAACUCACUAACUGAUUUAUGUCUCGGUGAUUGCAAUUUAUCAGAUGAUGCGAUUCCUAAAGAUAUUGGGAGUUUAGGUUCCCUUCAAUAUUUAGAUCUUCAAGAAAAUCAUUUUCAUGGCCUACCAUCAAGCCUUGGUGGUCUCUCGAAGCUUGAAAUGCUCUUUUUGAAUGGUUGCACAAAGCUUCGAUCAAUUCCAGAUUUACCACCAAAUUUGAAUCAUUUGGAGGCACCAAACUGCUCGGAGUUAGAAAGAAUGCCAAAUAUGUCAAAUAUGUCAAAUAUGGAAUUUUUGUUCCUCUCUAAUUGCAAGAAAUUAGUCGAGAUUCCAGGCUUGGAUAAGUUGUUGAAGUCCUUUAUAGACAUUCAAAUGUUAGGGUGUAGCAAUUUAACAAAUACUUUUAAACAAAGCAUCCUACAGGAAUGGCCCCAGAGUAGAUUUAGUGUUCCUUUGGGCAUUUGUCUACCUGGCAAUGAUAUUCCUGAUUGGUUUGAGUAUAAGAAUGAGGGACCCUCCGUAUGUUUUGAAGUGCCUCACAUUAUUGAUGGUAAUCUUGAAGGGUUGACUAUAUGCAUUGUUUUUUCAACACGUCCUUACAAGGAACUAGUUAUUUAUUUUCCUACCAACAGUAUUACAGUAGUCAAUUAUAGCAAGAGUACAAUUAAGAGUGAAGUACCAGUAAAAAUUUAUCGAAGCUUAAUCACCCAUGAUGAUGAAGAUCACAUUUGGCAAAACAAUAUUCCGAAAUAUCGUUUCGAUGAGUCCAAUUUGGAGGCUGGCGACAAAGUAGAGGUUACCGCAGAUUUUGAGUGUGGAAUCAUUGUCAAGAAGAUAGGGGUUCGUGUAAUAUACGACAGGGUUAUUGAGGGAAAAAUGAUUCAUUAUGCCUCUACAUCGAAUAAGAAUGCCAUUGUUGUUACUAACGAUGGAGAUGCGUCGACUAUGCAUCAGGUUGUGGUCAAGUCUAAAAGAGGCCUUGGUGAUGAUGAAGCAGAAUCAAGCCAUGGUUGCUUUGAUGACGAACAAGAGGCUAAAAGAUUGAGGUGCGAACAUAAUCUUGAUGAUAAAGUAGAAUCAAGCCAUGGUUGCUUCGGUGACGAACGAGAGUUUAGAAGAUUGAGGUGUGAUCAUAAUUCUGAAAUGAGUAUAGAUGAUGAUUGAAGGAAGAAAGCUCAUAUCCCUAUAGUGAAAGAAGCAUCAAAGGAGUCACCAUGGAUUUCUGGUCACUAAAGAGUCGUCUGAUAGCUCAAUGAUGGAAUCAUAGAGGUUUUAUUCUCUCUGCUUGCUAGACUCUUCUUUUUCCUCUUUGGUGAAUCGGGGCAGAAAUGAAUAGGAGAGAAGAUUUUGUCCUACAAGCCAGUUAGAGUGUGAUACAUGGGCAGAACCAGCCCUCCUUUGGGGGGUCUACAGAGUACAGCCCCCACAAAAUUUUAGAAAUGCACAAAAAAUUGAAAAUUUAUUCUCAAUUUUAUGUAUUAUUAUGAAAUGAACCCCUCAAAAUUAAUUUUAUCUCCAAAAUUUUUAUUAUUUUUUUUAGUUUUGUCCCCUCCUCUCCUGAUAUUCUAAUUCUGCUCCUGGUGCGGUCCCUAACUAGUUGGAGAGUCUCCAUCCAUCCUUUGGCAUCCAUAUUAUCUGAAAACUUUGUCUGUUGUUAAACGAAUUCUAGUGUCCUAUAUAAUGCUGAUGGCUUCUCUCUAGUUUUUGUGUGUAGUUUUUGGUUUGGUGAGAUAAGAAUAAUAAUAAUAAUUAGUAUUUUGGAUGUGGAAGCAUGUCGAAUGGUUAGUUGCAAGGUUAGCUAAGUUAGUUUUGUUUAUUAAUAGAAGCAUAUUGGUAGUUUUUAUCAUCCCUUUCCUUCUUG